AUGGUGGCAGAAGGGGGAUCUCGUUAUUGUUCCAAGAAGACUGAUGAUAUAUGUGGCGAUGAGCACUCAAUUCGAACCUUGAGCAUGUCGAGAUUAAAGUGUAUUAUACGUGGGCUGGAUAUAAAAGCCAGUCUCUUCCUUCUCAUGUUGGUCCCGACAUGCUUCUUUUUUAUAUACAUGCAUGGACAGAAGAUCACAUACUUCUUGAGGCCUUUAUGGGAAUCACCACCAAAGCCCUUCAAUGAAAUUCCUCAUUAUCAUCAUGAGAAUGUGUCUAUGGAGAAUCUUUGUAAACUCCAUGGUUGGGGAAUACGUGAGUAUCCAAGGCGUGUUUUUGAUGCAGUGUUGUUCAGUAGUGAGCUAGACCUCCUCAAGAUACGAUGGAAGGAAUUGUACCCUUAUGUUACAGAAUUUGUACUGCUUGAGUCAAAUUCAACUUUCACUGGACUGUCGAAACCUUUGGUCUUUGCUUCUAAUCGAGAACAAUUCAAAUUUGUGGAGUCACGAUUAACUUAUGGGAAAGUUCCAGGGAGAUUUAGGAAAGGAGAAAACCCAUUUAUUGAGGAAGCUUAUCAAAGACUUGCAUUGGAUUAUCUUCUUAAACAAGCUGGUAUUCAGGAUGAUGAUUUAUUGAUAAUGUCCGAUGUUGAUGAGAUACCGAGUAGACACACAAUUAACCUCUUGAGAUGGUGUGAUGACAUACCCUCAAUCCUACAUCUUCGGCUGAAGAACUAUUUGUAUUCAUUUGAGUUUCUUGUUGAUUAUAAUAGCUGGAGAGCUUCGGUUCACAGGUAUCAGUCUGGCAAGACGAGGUAUGCACAUUAUAGGCAGACGGAUCACAUUUUGGCUGAUGCAGGGUGGCAUUGCAGCUUUUGCUUCCGCCGAAUUAGUGAGUUCAUAUUUAAGAUGAAAGCAUACAGCCAUGUUGACCGUGUGAGGUUCUCUCAUUUUCUGAAUCCUAAAAGAGUCCAGAGAGUAAUCUGCACAGGGGCUGAUUUAUUUGACAUGCUGCCAGAAGAGUACAGUUUUAAGGAAAUCAUUGGAAAAAUGGGACCUAUUCCUCACUCUUAUUCAGCAGUUCAUCUCCCUGCAUAUCUUUUGGAGAACGCUGAUAAAUAUAAAUUUCUUUUGCCGGGAAAUUGCUUAAGAGAACGUGACUGA